GUCCAUUAUAUCGGCUCUAUGAAACAAUGCGAUUAAUUUCGUGCCAAUCAAGUAUUUCCGGGCAAAGCUUGCGUAAUCAUGUAUACAUUCUCGAGAAAAAACAAUUCGCAAGUAAAUUACUCGUGCAAAGAUUCAAGGUUCGGACAAAACUAUCCUUAAUACUAUAUAUUACUCUUCGAGUAAUCGUUUGGACAUAAUCUUUGCUUCAUCCCACUAUCUCUGUAUCGAUCCAACAAAAUAAUCCUGAAAUUUAUCCAACGAAUAAUGAGUAAAUUCUCAUAGUUAAUAGUACCCUCAUUAUAUCAUAAAUCAUAUACACUAAUUCACAUAUUCGAUCUUAUCUUUUUAAAAGGGAUAAGAAAUUUUAUUGAAAUAUCAAUAUUUAAAAGAUUUCUCUAUCCCGAUUACAUAAAUAUUUCUUCCGUUUUUUCACUUCUCUUUAAAAUCACUCUCUCCGAUCCGAUCGUAACCAUCCAUGGUCCGUUCUCUUUGUUACAAUACUUACAACUUUUACCAUUCUAAAUAACGGUGUCAACGGUUUUCGAAACGGAACAAAGUUGCGCGAAGAGUUCCGUACGAGCUCGUACGAAAUGCGAUACGAAGUUUUCGAUGUCAGUAUUCUACAAGUAUGAUUUCAACGCUAUCACAAUUCUAGGAGAGGGAAGGGGCAGGCAGUCCGCCGAUAAUGUUUACUUUCACAUCCUCGACGAGACCUUCAUUGUCUUUAUGUAAGCAGGAAGGUGUGCUAUCGUUGUAACGACGUCGACGUCGGCGUCGGCGACGAUCGUCGACCGAAUUCACGCGCGAAUCUAAUAGUACGUGAUCGUUGCUUCGAUAACUACAAUUUGGUCGUAUAAUCGAUACGCCAUAAUUGCCAACGAUCACCUGGCGCCGUUUCACCUAUCAGGAAAUUAUCGCGUCGCGUAUUUUCCCAAUUAAAAUUCGUAUCCUCGAAAUUUCCAAUGAGAUUCGUCGAAUCAAAGAUCGACUCAUCUUUUCCACGUUCGUUAUUAUAAAGAACAACGAGCGGAAAGAAUUACAUACAUUCUCUUUUCAAGUACACUAUCGCAAAAGGUACGACGAGCAUACUUAACGAGGCCGCAUCUUUCACACUUUUUCAAACCGUGAUUCUACAAACGGCACUCGUCUCUAUCGGUCUCGAAGAAGAAGAAGAAGAAGAAGAAGAAUAAGAAGAAGUCAAAAAAGUAACGAAUCCGAUCCUUUUCCACGUAGUUCGCGAGAUUCUUAAGCGUACAAGUUCAAGGAUGUACAGUCCGAUAUGAACGUGUUGGAUGUGUCUUGAAGGUCAUCGAGUGUGCAAAUACCAUGAUUACGCUUGUAGAAACGUAGAGACUAUCCAGGACGUUUUUCAUUGUUCCAUCAGCCAUAUCGAAACCGACCGAGUCUGAAGCAGAAGAAAAGUAUACGAGAAACGAGUAUCAAGAGGGAAGAGAGGGAAGUUGGUGGAAGUGGUAGAAGAGAAGAAGAAGAAGAAGAGGCCUUAGAAGAGAAGCGCAAACUGGCAAGAACAGAAGUAGGGAGGAAGAGAUAGAGUGAGAGAGAGAGAGAGAGAGAGAGAGAGAGAGAAAGACAGAGGCAGAGACAGAGAGAGCGAAAAAGAGAAAGAAAGAAAGAGAGAGAGAGAGAGAGAGACAGUGAAAAGGAAGAGCCAGCAGCUACAGCUUCCUCGUAACAGCUUCUACGAAGCUUUGCUUCUAUUCUUGAGUUAACGUUUAGACGUUCGUAAAUCGGCAACUCGGAGGGGGUUUUACAUGCGUCAUCGUCGCACGGGUACAAAUCGCACGCGCCUCGACGUCCCGACGACAGUACACGUGCGCAACGACGUACUACGUCGGCCCUGCGCUGGUAAUACGGAACGUCUCGACUCUUCUUCAAGGACACGCGGUGAUAAAUGCGGUACUGCCGCGAAUGACGCCGACCGCGUUCUCCAAAAUGAUCGUCUUCUUCUGCCUCCUACUCCUUUGCAAAGGUCAACCCGUUGUUGAAGUACCUGGAGAAAAUGCAACGGUUAUGACAGAUGUUGAACAAAUUACGUUAGAAAAUAACGAGACAAGAGAUCAAUCGACGAACGAUACCCUCCGAGGAUCACCAACAACCGUGCACUUCCUUCAUGUGCCUAAACACACGGAAACGCAGCUUGGCUCAUCCGUUCUUUUGCCAUGCAGAACGACGAAUCCCGUUGCUGAAUGUCAAUGGUCCUGGCAGCCAUUACCGCCAAUUCAUCUGCCGCUUCCAGACAUCAGUGAGAGUCCAAAUGACUCCAUGUCAACUACAACGUCACCAACAUCGACAACGUCAACCCCAACGGCACAUUCAUUGCCAGUGAGACAAUUUCCAGCUUUUGGAAACAGCAGUAACGAUUGUUCCGUUCGAUUUUCGAGUAUGAAGCAUGAACAGACUGGAUACUGGACUUGUGCCGCAAGGAAUUCAACGAACGAUCCUUUCACCGCCACGGUACCCGCCAAGUUAACCAUCGUUAACGAUCAAGGAUCUCUCAUUACCUUCGUUAAGCACGAAGAAGCGAUAGAGGUUGUAGCAGGCUCCUUCGCACAAAUAAUGUGCAGAACAAAAUUACCUGUACGCGAGUGUCAAUGGUCUUGGCGAAGAUUGAACCAGUCCGAACCUUGGAAUUUAGAAGUAAAGAAAUUUCCAGCUUUUGGAAACGACAGCACCGAUUGCAGCAUCAAAUUCAAAAAUGUUCUAGCGGAACAGGAAGGCUAUUGGAGUUGUGGUGCACGUAUAGAUCCAAAUUCGUCAUUUGUACGAUCGAAUCCAGUUCGAUUUUUAAUAUCUGAAGUUGAAUUCGUACAGUUGUCUCGCGGCGUACAAGUAGCUGCCGGUGAAUCCGUGCUUUUAAGGUGCUUGGUCAAUAAACCCGUAAUACGCUGCGAGUGGUCCUGGAGAGCAACGAACUCAAGUAAGGAACCUUUACUCGUAAAGACGUUCGCUCCAAAUAAAGAUGCCGAUCACGACUGCUCCGUACGAUUUAAAAACAUCCUUUACGAGGAAGAAGGACUGUGGACUUGUGGAAUUCGAUUGUCACCUGACGGUAUACUCCAUGAAGCACCAUCAGCAACUGUGAGUCUUUUACCAUCGGCUAAAGUAAAUUUAGUGGAAAUACCAACAGAUAUCACGGUACCUUUAGGUACCGAAGUUACCUUAAAAUGUAUCACUAGUAGCCGCGUAGAGAAAUGUGUCUGGAGUUGGAAACCACUUCAUGGAAACGAUCCUGAGAUCGUGCUUCGAGAAUUCCCAAGUAACGGUGAUCUUGGGAGGGAUUGUUCACUCGUUCUUUCACAUGUUCGUACCGAGGAACAAGGAUUGUGGAAUUGUCAGGUAUCCAUACCGUCACUUAAUACGAUGCUGUCUUCUCCAUUCGUCAAACUGUUAACAUUCGAACAGGACGAAGUGAAAUUUUCAGAGCUCUCACAGGACAUUCAAAUAUCAUCCGGUGGUACCAUACUUCUACGAUGUGUAACAUCAUUGCCAGUAGAACAAUGUCGAUGGUCCUUGACACCAGUGAAUUCUAAUACAACCGUAGUGGUGAAACAAUUCCCAGCAGCCGGAAGCGAGUCAAGGGAUUGCAGCGUCAGGUUGAGUCAUGCCCUGGCCGAGCAAGAAGGUCUUUGGACCUGCGGUGCCAGAAUACAUGGCCGUGAGAAUUAUACUGAUGCACCACCAGCGAAAUUAAGCCUUCUCGAGCCAGAACCUGUGAUAGUCACUGUUUGGGCAGCUCCCCAUCAAAUGGUCAAAUUGGCUUGUAAACUAGGACGAGUUCCUGUAGGAGCUCAAUGUCAUUGGAUACAUGCACCAAAUGUUUAUAUACAUCAAAACAUUACCAAUUCAGCAAAGAAAGACAGGCACAAUCUUGAAAUGAAUUAUUCUACUGGGAUAUGCACAAUAGAAUUCAAACCUAAUUAUUCAGACUUAGGAAAGUGGACUUGUAAAUUUACAAGAGAUAACCAAAAUACAGACAUAGAAUUGGGAAAUGCAACACUCAUCUUACUUAAUACAUUUUCUGAUGAAAAACUUGGAUGGAUUGUUGGUGCUUUAACAGCUAUUAUUUUAUUUUUAAUAAUUAUUGUAGUAGUUGUAGUAGUUUGUAAAACUCGACUUUUUGUACGUCGAUCACCAGAAAUAUUAGAAACAAUGCCUGCUUCAAGAAAACAAAAUUUACAAUGCACCAAUGACAGAAGAAUAGAACAUGAUAAUUGCAGUAAUAUUACUAAUAGUAAUAAUAUUUUACCAAACAGAAGUCCACAUUUGUACGAAAGAGUAGAAAAAUAUAAUGUUGUAACACCAAAAUUAUAUGAAAACUUUGGAUUGUAAAUUUAUAUAUGUCUACCAAA